GUAUACCUGCAUUAGGUAAUGUACAUACAUCAAAGGCAGACCAUAACAGCUUUGCCAACAGGACGGAAUGGCAGCAGAAGAACCUCAAUCGUACCUGCACGGUCUCUGUCACAGAAUGGCUGAGAACCUUCUCAAGGACGUCGCAGGGCUGACAGAUGAAGGCAAGGGACCAGAUGAAGAUCUUGUACUCCAGGUUGUGGACGUUUUACAAGCAAGGAUUGAAACUGUACAAGAAUAUCUUAAAGCUCAUGUGAAGACUGAAGGGAAUGUAACCAAUAGGAAAGACAGUUUCCAUAAAAUGAAAGAAAAUGAAACCGCAUGGUUACAUCGGAUACUAAAUACCAAAGGCUCACUCCAUCCUGAAACUGCACCUUCUUGGUGUGAAUGUGGUAACUGUCGUGAUAUGAAACGUGGAGAUGAAAAGGUAUGCUGUGGCAGAGAAACGGGCGACUGUUUGUCACAAUCGAAUAAACUACUUGUUUUACUGGAGGGACCUCGUCUUUUCCUAUCGCCCUUUACGGAUAAUUUCCGCCUUAGUGAUAUAGCUCGUGUGAAUUUAACAAUGACAUAA